AUGGGAGAAGGAGACGAGGAAAGACGCUGCCCAGGCCGGAAGAGUUCCCGCCUUCCCGGGCAAGAUGGCGGCGGUGGCGGCGCUGCGGCUGUGGCGGCCGGGCAGGGGGCGCGUCCGGCGGCCGUUGUGCUGAACAAGUAUCUCUUGGCUCGGCCAGUGGCUGCUUUGACUAGACCGAUUGAGGACUGUCAUCAUCACCAUCGUCAUGAGAUAUGCAACUUCCACACAUCUCCCAGCAGUUUGGCUGGCUCAAAGGCCGCCUCUCUCCAUUGGACCGGCGAGCGAGCAGUCAGCGUCCUCCUGCUUGGACUGCUGCCAGCGGCCUAUCUGUAUCCUGGGACAGCCGUGGAUUACUCUCUGGCAGCAACCCUCAUCCACGGGCACUGGGGCCUGGGGCAAUUUCUAACUGACUAUGUCCACGGAAAGACCCCCAUCAAGCUGGCCAACACUGGCCUCUAUCUGCUUUCGGCAGUCACCUUUGCCGGACUCUGCUACUUCAACUACCACGACGUGGGCAUCUGCAAGGCUGUGGCGAUGCUGUGGAGCCUCUGAUGCCAGCCCACAGAGCCCAGCGACGGUUCUCUGCUGCUUUACAUGAUUGAGUCUUUUGAGGGUGGGCGAGGGAGCAACCAAGAGCAUGCUCUGCGUGCAGCAGGACGGCUGGCGGGAAACCCCCGUGGCCACAUUCAUGGCUGUUGCCGUUCAGAAGACUAAGGGCGAGAAUUAGAUCUGAACCAAGCUAGAAUCAGGGCAAAAGCUUCAUAUUAUGUUGGGAGCUUCUGCAGACGGGAGGCCCUUCCCCUCUCUAGCCGCAGGCUGAGCUCAGCAUCAUUUCACGUUGAUAUCCCGCCUCGAUUUUCUGGCUGUCUUGUUGCAAUGAAUGAAGCAUGUACGUGGCGUCUUGCGCAAAGCAAAAGGGAAAUCUAAACUGUGUACAAUAAAGGAUUUUUGAAAUCCA